AUGGGGCGUAAUUUUCCAUACUCCACCAUUGAUUGUGAUGAGGAACCAGAUGAGGAACAACACAUUGCUGACUGGUUGAACGAAAUGCAGGAUCGUGGAUUUCCAGUCACUCGAAGAGUUUUGCUCUUUAAGUUGAAAGAAUUUCUAGAACCUAAUCCAGAUCGAGUGACUCCUUUUUGUUACAACAAACCGCCUAAGAAGCGUCUUGGUCAAAACGAACGCGGUUGGAUUAAUUCUCCUAAUUGUAAGGGAUUUAUUCAUAAAAUAUUUCACCCUUUUGUCAUCAAACGAGGGGUGAAAUUUCCUAUAAUAUUAUUUGUUGAUGGCCAUGCAUCGCACAUUGCAAUAGAAGUAGCCGAUCUCUGCAAAUCACUGGGCAUAAUAUUGAUAUCUAGACAGGAAGAUAGUGGUGAGAAAAACGUCACAAUAAGCAUGGAGCGUAUAAUUGAGGCAUACGACCUGAUUGGUUUUGGUAUGAGAACUAAAAUCGAAGGAGACGUGAACCUCUUGUCUCGUGAAGAUCGUGUUAUUCGCUUUUUUUACAGUGAAUUUGUUCGUCCUCAUGUUGUAUUCGAUCAACAAAGAUCUGCAAUGAAUAACUUUGAGACCAAUUCUACGGAUAUCGAUAAUCAUCGCUAUCCGAUCGGAUUGGCAGUGAAGUGGAAUUGUGUUUAA